AUGUCUUUUGGCUUGAAGAAUGUAGGUGCAACGUAUCAGCGUUUGAUGGACAAGGUGUUGGUGAACCAGCUGGGUAGGAACGUGGAAGCUUAUGUAGACGACAUGGUGGUGAAGUCAAUGAGUUUAGAUCGGCAUUUAGAUGACCUGCGGGAACUAUUUGAGACCAUAGGCAAGUAUCAGCUCAAGUUGAACCCCGAGAAAUGUUCUUUUGGGGUCCAAGCGGGAAAGUUCCUCGGUUUCCUGCUAACUCAUCGUGGCAUCGAGGCAAAUCCCGAGAAGUGCACGGCGAUCAUCAACAUGAGGAGUCCUUCCACAGCGAAGGAGGUCCAACAGCUCACGGGAAGAAUGGCUUCGUUGUCUCGUUUUCUGUCCAAAUCAGCCGACAAGGCGUUACCAAUUUUCCAAUGUCUAAGGAAGAAUAAUCGGUUCGCUUGGACGAACGAGUGCGAGGAGGCCUUCACAGAACUCAAGAAAUCAUUAGCAUCGCCGCCGAUCCUGACAAAACCACGACUGAAUCUCCCCCUAUUGAUUUAUAUAUCAGCAUCCGACCGAGCGGUCAGUGCAAUUUUAAUCCAAGAGCAGGAAGGCACUCAAGUUCCUGUGUAUUUCGUGAGUCGGGUCCUACAGGGGGCAGAACCAAGGUAUCAGAAGAUUGAGAAGUUGGCUCUUGCAAUACUAGUUACAGCGCGCAAGUUAAGACACUAUUUCCAGAGUUAUGAGGUAAUAGUCCGGAUGGAUCAUCCGAUUAGGCAAGUAUUACAGAAGCCCGACCUGGCAGGAAGGAUGAUGAAGUGGUCUAUAGAGCUAUUAGAGUAUUCUAUCAAGUACGAGCCGAGAGGAGCAAUCAAAGCUCAAGCACUAGCCAAUUUCGUGAUGGAGUUGACCUCUCCCGCCGAUGAGGGCGAAAUCGGAGAGACACAGUGGAUCCUAUCAGUGGAUGGAGCCUUGAACCUCGGAGGAAGUGGAGCAGGGAUCGUCUUGGAAGGACCGGGAGGAAUUUUGUUAGAACAAUCACUACGUUUUGAAUUCCGAGCAAGCAACAACCAGGCCGAGUACAAAGCGUUGUUAGCUGGCAUGGUGUUGGCAAAGGAAAUGGGGGCGACGAGUUUGUCAGCCCGAAGUGACUCUCAGCUGAUCACGGGACAAGUCGCGGGAACUUUCCAAGCGAAGGAUCCCCAGUUGGCCAAGUACUUGGAAAAAGUUAAGCUCUUAUCGGAUAAUUUUCGAGAGUUCACACUUAACCACGUACCGCGGGAGCAGAAUUCGAGAGCAGAUCUCCUCUCCAAGUUAGCAAGCACAAAGAAGCCGGUGGCCGUGGACUACUUCAGCAAAUGGAUUGAGGCAGAGCCUAUAGCAACCAUCUCUGCAGAGAAGGUUAGAGCUUUUUUAUGGAAGAAUGUGGUGUGCAGGUAUGGCGUUCCCCAGGUACUAGUUUCUGACAAUGGGACACAAUUUGCAAGCGCAAGAGUUCGUGAUUUCUGUAGGCAGAUCGGUAUCCGAACGACAUUCACCUCCGUUGAGCACCCUCAAUCUAAUGGCCAGGCGGAGUCGGCAAACAAGGUUAUACUCUCGGGUUUGAAGAAGCGCGUCCAAGACUCAGGCGCUUCAUGGGUGGAGGAGCUUCCCCGGGUGCUAUGGUCAUACCACACAACUGUUCAUUCGUCGACCCAGGACACUCCUUUCAACUUAGUAUAUGGAACAGACGCCAUGAUCCCGAUCGAAAUUGCGGAACCUUCAGUACGUACUACAGCCUUUUCGGAGGAGGAGUCUGACUAG